UUUUCUCUGCUUUCUAAUAACACAAAUCAACUAACCAAAUCCAUCAAUAGUUGGAAAUGGGUAUAUGCAAUUCAUGUGAAUCUACAUCUGUUCCGACUGCGAAAUUAAUAUUACAAGACGGAAGAUUACAAGAGUUUUCUUAUCCAAUAAAAGCUUCGUAUCUUUUACAAAAAGAUCCUUCUAUUUUCAUCUGUAACUCCGAUGAAAUGGAAUUUGGAGAUAUGAUUUCCGCGAUAAAUUCAGAAGAAGAGCUUCAAUUGGGUCAAUUGUAUUUCGCUAUGCCUUUGAAGAGACUAAGAAGUAGACUUCGGGCCGAAGAAAUGGCAGCAUUAGCUGUGAAGGCGAGUUCUGCAUUGAAGAGAACUAAUAGUAAUAAAGCGUUUGUAUUUCCUCAAGGAAAGAAUUGUGAUAGAGUGACAAGGAAUGUGGUGGACGGUGGUGGUAGUGGGAGGAGAGAGAAGAAGACGGCGAAGUUGAGUGUAAUACCAGAAUAGGGUGAAAAAAUCAUAGUUGGAUAACCUUUUGUUAUGCCGGGUAAAAGUUACCGCGGCUAUUAUAAAAAGGGUGAAAUAGUUGAGAUGCGCAAAAUAGGUAUAUGGGGACUAACCAUUCAGUUAUUGAUCCAAAUCUGGUAAAAAAGAUAUGUUUUGAAAAGAUGAAAGUUGGAGCUAUUGACCUUGAAAAAUGUCCAAAUAUACUUUCUGAACAAUCUUAAUUUCUCAUAUUCGAGUUGAUCUUCGAUUCACCCCGGCCUAAUCAUUGCUAUAGAAGCGAAGUCCUAAGGUUAAUCUGAGUAAUCCCAUUGGGAAUCAAAGAAAGGAGAAGGGAAAUAUUGUAACGAAAAUUAGACUUGUAGCUAAUAUGUGAAAGAUUUUCAUUAAUAAUUACCACGCCAGAAGCGUUGAUGGUAA